UUUUGGAUCUUAUUUUUCAACCAAAAUCAAUUUUUUUUUCUCUUAACAAUUCUAAUAACACAUUCUCCACACUGGUUUAACUCUAUAGUUAGCUUUUGUGUUUGUUUAUAGUCAUUAAUCUUGCUUUUAUGUUUUCAAUUUCGCCAGAUUGACCUUAUAUUAUCCAGUUCGAGUUAAUGUAAGAUUGUGUUCAUCAGACUUUGCUAUCAGAUAUUUCAUAUUUAAUUGCUAUGUAUUAUAAAUUGUUAAGUUUGUGUUCAUCAGAAUAAAACGAAGGGGGUCUGUGGUGCUUUAAAGAAAAAUCAAACAUGAUUCAUCCAAUCCUUUCCGUAUACAAUCAGUGACAUGUACACUUGCAGGUAUCAACUCAUCAGAGUUCAUCCCACAACCCUCGGAGGAAUUUGCAAAUGGCUGGAGAUGUUUUGAGGAUGUUGAUAUUGUCUUAUUUUGUGUUUCAUUGAUUGCUUAUGAUGAGUUUUCUGAAGACAACAACGGAGUUCCCAUCAACAAGAUGAUUGCAAGCAGGCAGCUAUUUGAACGCAUUGUCACUCAUCCAACCUUUGAAGAGAAGAAGUUCCGUCUUAUACUGAAUAAGUUUGACCUGCUCGAGGAAAAGAUUGAACAAGUUCCGCUGACACGAUGUGAAUGGUUUCAUGACUUCAAUCCUGUGAUGGGCAAUAAUCCCAACAGCAGCAGAAGUACCAACUCUCCAUUGGAACUCCGUGCCUUCCAAUAUAUUGCGGUAAAGUUCAAGAGAUUGUUCAAUUCUCUUACUGACAGGAAGUCGUACGUUUCAAAAUGUACUGGUUUGGAACCUGAUAAUGUUGAUGAAGCUCUUAAAUAUGCAAGAGAAGUUCUGAGGUGGAAGCAAGAGGAACCUAACUACCACAACAACGAGCUAUCUUCUACUAGCAUAGAGGCAAGUUCAUCCUCAUGAUCAACAAUGUUGUAAUCACAUAGUUCAGCCUGGAGAGAACAGGGGCCUGCCUGAUAUUAACAACAUUUCCUUCAUUUUUUAUUUUUGUAUAUUAUUCAUGUAUGCCAAUCAUGUAUAGGACAGGAGAAUCGAAUUCAAAUUAUAGAUAUUUAAAACGUGCAAGAAA